AUGGCUAGAAACAAGGAAGCUUUGCUUUUGCUGCUUGAUGUGGGACCAUCCAUGCAUGCCGUUCUUCCUGAAGUCGAGAAAGUCUGUUCCAUGCUUGUACAGAAGAAGUUGAUCUAUAACAAGUAUGAUGAAGUGGGAAUUGUCUUAUUUGGAACUGAAGACACGGAUAACGAACUAACUACAGAAGUGGGUGGAUAUCAGCAUGUUGUGGUUUUGAGAAAUACUAAAGUUGUGGAUGGAGACAUUGUUGAGGCUUUACAACAACUUCCUCGAGGAACAAAUGGCGGUGAUUUUCUUGAUGCUGUCAUUGUUGCCAUGGAUAUGUUAAUAAAAAAGUUUGGAGACACUAUCAAGGGAAAGAAACGUAUUUGCCUUAUUACAAAUGCACAAUGUCCAAUAAAAGAUCCUUAUGAAGGAUCAAAAGAAGAGCAAGUUACCACGAUUGCUAAACAGAUGACAGCUCAUGGUAUGAGAAUGGAAAGUAUAAUUAUGAGAGGAAAGCUUAGUCAAGAUGCAAACAAGGAGAUAAUGGAUGAGAAUGACCGUCUUUUGAAUAUUUUUUCUAAGGAAACAUCGACAAGAUUGUUGUAUGUGGAGGAUCCAAUUUCUUUGUUUGGUGCUCUUAAAACUCGAAAUAUAACUCCAGUUACUGUUUUCAGAGGGGAUCUUGAAUUCAGCCAAAAACUGAGGAUUAAGGUAAUGGUAUACAAGAAAACACAAGAAGAGAAAUUUCCUACUCUGAAGAAAUACUCUGAUAAGGCUCCUCAAUCUGAUAAAUUCGCAACACAUGAAGUCAAAAUAGAUUAUGAGUAUAAGAGUUCUGAUGAUCCAGAUAAAGUUAUUCCUCCGGACCAAAGAAUUAAAGGUUAUCGAUAUGGGCCUCAAAUUGUUCCUAUAUCCACUGCUGAGUGGGAUGCUGUAAAGUUCAAACCGGAAAAGGGCGUGAAGCUUUUGGGAUUUACUGAUUCUUCUAAUGUAUUGAGACACCAAUACAUGAAAGAGGCCUAUGUGUUCAUAGCGGAAACUGGAAAUACAAAAGCUGGCCUUGCAGUUUCUGCUCUAGCAAGGGCUAUGAAGGAAAUGAAUAAGGUGGCAAUUUUACGGUGCGUUUGGAGACAGGGACAAGCAAAUGUUGUCAUUGGGGUUUUGUCACCCAAUGUAUCUGAUAGAGAAAAUAUUCCUGAUUCAUUUUACUUCAACGUUCUUCCUUUUGCCGAGGAUGUGCGAGAGUUUCAAUUUUCUUCCUUCACUAACUUUCCAGUAUCGUGUCAACCAAACAAACAACAACUAGAAUCAGCAGCUAACUUCAUUAAAAUGCUUGAUCUUGCACCAGAUGGGGAGAAGGAAGUUUUGCUACCUGACUUUACACCCAAUCCAGUACUGGCGCGCUUUUAUCAUUAUCUUGAUCUGAAAUCAAAGCAUCCAGAUGCUGCAGUACCUCCUCUUGAUUACACACUCCGAAAAAUUACAGAACCCGAGACCGAUCUUGUUUUGCAAAACCAAUCUGUCAUUGACUCAUUUCGUAGGUCUUUUGAGCAGCAGGGAAAUCCCUUGAAAAAGCGAAGGCGUUUAUUGCGAGAAAAGACAAAUGAUGAAGGUAAAGAAAACAUUACAGCCCCGCCUGCCAAUCUCAUAGAAUAUACGCCUAUUAAAGUCGAGAAAAUUGGGGAUUCAACUCCGGUCCAAGAUUUUGAAGCCAUGAUUUCACGCCGAGACAGUCCAGAUUGGGUUCUAAAAGCUAUCAACGAUAUGAAAAAUAAAAUAUUUGAUAUGGUAGAGGAUUCCCAUGAAGGUGAUAAUUAUGCCAAAGCAGUUGAGUGUUUAGUUGCACUUCGUAAGGGUUGCAUCCUUGAGCAGGAACCAAACCAAUUCAACAAUUUCCUUAAACAUCUUUGCAAUUUCUGCCAAGAGAAAAAGCUUCAAAGUUUCUGUGAAUAUCUUGCUACUAAGAGACUCACGUUGAUUCCCAAAACAGAAGCUAUAGACAGUGAUGUUACUGACGAGGAAGCCAGAAGUUUCUGGGUAAAAUCUGAAUCCAAAAGUGAUUAA